ACGUACAGUAUACUAAUCGGGAAUUUUCCCGAAAAAUCACCACCCUCAAUACAUUCUUCCUUUCCUCCCCAUCUCUUCCAGCGCAAGCUGCGCAAAUACUAGCCACAGAAGGCGAGUCAAAACUCCCUUUCUGCCUGCAACUUGUGCCCUACUUUUUUCAAUUAAACCCUAAUUUUUCAUCCAAAACCCUAGUUUUCUUUGUUCUUGAAUUGAAACCUUAGGAAUGGCGACAAUCAGCCUUCGAAAGGGAAACGCCCGUCUCCCGCCGGAAGUGAAUAGAGUUCUUUACGUCCGAAACCUUCCCUUCAACAUUUCCAGCGAGGAGAUGUACGAUAUAUUCGGCAAGUACGGUGCGAUAAGGCAGAUACGUAUUGGUACAAACAAGGAUACCAGGGGAACGGCCUUUGUUGUCUACGAAGACAUCUACGAUGCCAAGACGGCCGUCGAUCACCUGUCGGGCUUCAAUGUUGCUAACCGGUAUCUGAUCGUGUUGUAUUACCAGCAGGCCAAGAUGAGCAAGAAGGUUGAUCAAAAGAAGAAGGAGGACGAGAUUGCUAAGAUGCAGGAGAAGUAUGGAGUAUCUACCAAAGAUAAGUAGAUCUCUCGAUGGUAUGAAUUUAGGGUUCUUGUUUUCUCCAUCCCUCUGAAGUGGAAAAAAAAGAAACGGUUUUUGUUCACGGGUUUAGCGUGCUUUUGAUGAUAUAUGGUCUGGAUUGCUCUUUUUCUUUUUUAUUACCCAUUUGUGUGUAUGUAUGGAUUCCUGGACCAUAUUUCUAUAAACUAAUAGAUUUCUGGACUAAUUUCAUGUAAUUUUUUUAUGCAAAUAAUUUCAUGUAAUUUAUGGUUUAAUGACCUGUAGCUCUUUUAUGAGGUUAUGGAUUGAGAAGGUUCGGGCUUAUGUUUUUUGUUGCUUUAAAAAUGUAGCUAUUUGCCUUUUAUUGGAUUUUUUA